GUAGCUCAGCUCCAAUUACUGGGUAUCACCACUUCGAAAAGUUAAAGCACAGUUAAAGCAAUACUCUGUUUGAUAAUCUUUCACCUUCUCAAAGCAAAGAGCACGAUGAACAAGAAUUAAAACAAAAUGAUAUGACUACAAGCAAACAAUGAUCUAUUACUUAAGAGGAAGAAAUAGUUUGAAUUUAGCUUUAAAAUUCGCAAUAUUGUUACGGAUUCCAUGCAUUGCAGAAAUGGCAGGUUUAAUGUGCGGAAAGCCAGGACGUUCCGUUGGCUGUCAUAUUGAGGGAGGAGAGAAACUAUCUUAUCACGAAGAAGAAGAAGUUCGAUACCGUUGUGACACAUAUGAUGGUUUCAUCAGAGGCAAAACUGUUCGCAAAUGUAUCAACGGAUCUUGGACUGGAAGUAUACCGAUAAUUUAUCACCGGCUGGAAAUAAGGAGUGCUUACCAGUCUACAACUCUCCCUGAUCUUAGUAACUCCUUGUCUAUUGAUGGAAAUUCAUCAACUUGCAUAAGCACAGAAAUGCAGUCAGAAGGAUUUUGGAUGGGCAUGCUGAACGCUUCUUUUAAUAUAAAUGCAAUAAAAGUGGUUUUUCCAAGGAAUAUACAAGUGAAAGUUCAAGUUCUAGUAAAGGAGGACAAACGUUCAGAAAUACCAUGUGGAAACUAUAGUGGGAGUACAGGAACUGAUUCUGGUCUACUAUUUAUUUGCCCUCCUGGUGCAAUCGGAACUAGUGUAAUCAUUCAAGAUUUAUCCAAAGUACUCCACCGCUUCGUAAUCUGUGAAGUAACACUGUAUACUCUUCAAGCAUCUCCUUGCCUGCGUCCAGAUAUUCCAUUCAACGUUAAUGCUCAUAAGACAGUAGGAGUACACUUUACAGAAUAUACUUUCAGUUGCAAAUCAGGAUAUUACUUAGAAGGACCACAACGUAUAUUGUGUAAUUCCUAUGGAAUUUGGCAGGAUAAAGCUCCUGAAUGCAAACCAUCUUCCUGUGGAAAAUUACCAGAUAUUGCCAAUGGUAUUUUAAUUGCCAAUUCUACAACCAUCGGUAACACUGCUUGGUUGAUAUGCAACGAAGGCUACAGACCUCUCAGCAAUGAUGAAAUUACUUGCUUAAGGACUGGAGAAUGGACUAAGCCAUACCCUCUGUGUGCACCGAUUCAGUGUGAUGACAAACCGAAAAUUCCGCAUGGCUCAGCAGUUCUGCUCACUUAUUCUGCGUUCUACGGAAGCCCCUUGAAAAUUGAAUGUGAUGAAGGAUUUUUCCCUAAAGGAAAUAUUUCCCGAAUGUGCGAACUGGAUGGUACAUGGGGCGACCUUGACAUCUGUGUCGAAAUCACGUGCCUGUCACACAACGAUAAUGAAAUGACAAAUGGCGAAUGGCUGCAGCUGAAUAAUUCUAAAUCUAUAAAAGUUCUGAUGUGUCAACAAGGAUACUACAUAGAAGGAUCUCCUGCCAUUACCCAAUGCUUGCCAAAUGGAUCUUGGAGUUAUACUACAGCUGUUUGUAGAAGUAUGUAACUUAAAUUGCAAUCAUGUUAUUAGAUAUAAAGCAGUGACUAUAGAACUAAAAUAUUCCUCAUUAACAUCGUUAUAAAACUACUGAUUCAAAAUUGAAUCCAUUUUUUUAUCUUGUUGGUCAACUUGCAAUGUAAAAUUGAACUACUUAUGUGAGUUAAAAUUAAUAAUUAUCAGUUUUUACUGAACUUUGUCGGAAAAAAAAAUAAAUACACCUUCAGUUUUCAG